CAUAGUGAUAAAGAAGUGUCCACAUAUAUUAUUAACAAAAACUAACACAAAGCCACAUAUAGAGAAAGAGAAUUAAUAAUAUGGUGCUUAAUGCUACAAUACCAAUCAUUAAUGGAGGCAUAAAGUUCUCAGAAUUUCAUAAUUCAGCUGUUAGAAAGUUUGAAUAUGAGGGUAUGCAGAACACUGGCUUGGCUUCACGGAGAACCAAGAGUCAAGCAAUUCGCGUCCUGGCAAAUCCCAAUGCAUCUCCAAGGAAAGAGAAAUUAAAGAAGGAAGUGAUAAUGGUGGAUCCUGUAGAAGCCAAGAGAUUAGCUGCAAAGCAAAUGGAAGAAAUUAAAGCUAAAGAGAGGUUUGAAAGACGGAAACAAAUAGAAGCAAUUAACGGCGCGUGGGCUAUGAUUGGUCUUACGGUCGGAUUAGUCAUUGAAGGACACACAGGACUCAGCAUUCCAUCUCAGUUGGCAAGCUACAUAUCUGCAAUCGUCAGGAUUUUUACGAGAUAGACACAGGCCAAGAUGAGGAAGCAAAGAAACUAUGAUCGAAGCAUUCUUUUAACUCUGAAAAAUGUGAGAUCGUGUGAACUGUUAAUUCUUGUGCAGCAUAUUGGUUUUCAAGUUUCUGCAUUCUUGAUUCGUUACGACUACAAUUUUGUAUAUCUUUCAUUUCAGGCGAAAUGUAAACUAAAUGUAUAAUCAUACAGUUGUCUAUUAUUUUUGGACUUCA